AUGCUUGGAAUCCGUACGCGCGGUGCGCGCGGUCUCCUAGCGGCUUCACGUCACAUAUUCAGCUUAUCUCACAACUCUAAUAAUGUUAAUCAGUGUCUUCCGUACACAUACAUGUUUUAUUCGUCGCUCAAUUCGAUAAAUUCAAGUCAGGAGGAUGCCGCACAGGUUGAUGUCAUUCGUAAUAUUGGUAUUUUGGCGCACAUUGACGCUGGUAAGACUACAACAACGGAACGUAUGCUUUAUUACUCUGGAACUAUACAAAAAAUGGGUGAAGUACACGAUGGAGAUGCUACGAUGGAUUUUAUGCCUCAAGAACGUGAGCGAGGUAUCACAAUUGGUGCCGCUGCCAUUAGCUUUCCAUGGCGUGAUCAUCACAUCAAUCUAAUCGAUACACCAGGCCACGUUGACUUUACAAUUGAAGUUGAGCGCGCUGUACGUGUGUUGGAUGGUGCUGUAGCCGUGCUCGACGGUGUGUCUGGCGUGGAAGCCCAGACCGAGACAGUCUGGGAACAAGCAGAUAGAUACAAAGUGCCGCGAAUCGUCUUUGUAAACAAAUUAGAUCGCGAAGGUGCCAGUUUUAUACGAUCAUGUGAGUCGAUAAAAACUCGAUUUGGCGUCCAGACAUUGUGUGUUCAACUACCUGUUGGAGAAGAAGCAGAAUUGAGUGGAAUCUUGGAUUUAGUUGAUAUGCAAUUGAUCAAAUGGUUGGAUAAAGAAGGUGAAGAGAUUCAGCGUCUUCCGUUGCUACCUUCUGCAGGUGGUGUAAUGGCAGAGCUGUAUCAGAAAGCAAUGGAAGGACGUCAGAAACUUAUUGAAUACGCUUCAAACGUUGAUGAUGAACUAGGAGAACUCUUUCUAAUGGAUGAGACAAUUGACAAUGCGACGUUAAAGGCAGCAUUGCGACGAAUUACAGUGCAGCGUGAUAUGGCUUCUCAAGUUGUCGUGACACUUUGUGGAAGUGCUUUGAAAAAUAAAGGCAUUCAACCGCUUUUAGAUGCCAUUGUUGAUUAUUUACCAUCCCCUUUAGACUUGGCUCCGUUUGAAGCGCACGCUGUCGUAUCAAACACAAAAACCCGUGGUCAGUUCAAAGAGAAUCAGAUAAUACAGCUACAACCAUCAUGUCACGAACAAUUGUGUGCCUUAGCGUUUAAAGUCCAACAUGAUCGUCAGCGUGGUCUUGUGGUUUUCUUUCGUGUGUAUUCAGGUGUUUUAAACGCCAAGUCACAAUUAAUUAACGUCUCUCGUGGUGGGAUAAAGGAACGUUUAACACGUUUAAUGCACGUAGCUGCUGAUGAUGAAGAAGCUGUGGAAUUUCUCUCAGCUGGUCAUAUUGGAGCUGCAGUAGGAUUAAAACACACAUUUACAGGCGAUACACUUGUAAGCGCGAAAGAAAGUGGUCAUCACGUUAUUUUACCUGGUGUUCAGAUUCCAAAGCCAGUCUUUACGUGCUCUAUUGAAGCAGAAUCAAGUGCUAAGCAAAAAGACUUGGAGACAGCGCUAGAGAACUUGCAACGUGAAGAUCCGAGCUUUAUCGUAACUUUCGAUGACGAAACCGGUCAGACUCUCAUGUCCGGUAUGGGAGAACUUCAUCUGGACAUAAUCAAACAGCGACUGAAUAGCGAUUAUAAGCUUGAACCAUCUAUUGGUGCAAUGCGUGUAGCUUACUUGGAAAGUAUUACCGAUAAUGCUGCCAUUCCAUACACACACGAUGUGAUGUUGGGUACAGAUCGUCACUUUGCAAAGCUUACAGUGGACGUUGCUCCACUUCUAAGGAUAGAGAGCCAUAAAGAAGAUGAAGAUAGUACAAAUAUCAUUCAGUGGAUGAACCAGGGAGCAAAGAAAUUGCCUCAUGCUUUUACUUUAGCUAUUGAAGAAGGUUUACGUGCUAGUUUCAGUCGUGGAGUAUUGACCUCGAACCGUGUGGCGUACGUUAAAGUUUGUGUGGAUGAAAUCAAUUGCGAAUGGGAUGUCAACUCAAGUGCUGUAUCGUUCCGUGCAGCGGCUGCAUUGGCAUUAAAAGAAGCUUUAAAAGCAGCAAAACCUGUGAUCUUAGAGCCUAUGAUGAAACUAGAAGUACGUUCGCCUGAUCGCUUUAUAGGUGACGUACUUGCCGAUUUGAGUUCACAACGACGUGCACAUAUUCAAAAUGUGGAAUCUGCAAUUAAAGAUGAAGGUCGCAAAGUGAUUAUGAGUCAAAGUCGGUCAGUUGUCUACGCUCUUGUACCUCUUACUCAUAUGGUUGGCUAUGCUACGACGUUGCGAUCGAAAACGCAAGGAGAAGCUUCCUUUGUUAUGCAGUUUUCACGUUAUUCAGAGGUGUCUUGA